CCUCACUGGUGUUCAAGCCAUUGGUAGAAAUAAUCAUUCUGAGUACCUUGCAGAAAAGUUAUUGUCACAGUCACCACUGUGCCUAUCUGUAAGGAGAGAUGUGGAAGGCAGUGCUGGUGCCUUGAGGUGGCAGCUAAGGGUUGCCCUAGUGCAGAAGUGCCAACCUGUGCUCCUGCAGACUACAGGAUUACAGCUAAACCCUAGACGUGUUUCAAUGGCAUAGCAUUAUUUUUUUCUUGGAGAGAAAGUAAACAGUCUUGUGUGUCCCUACAUGUCUUUGUCUGUGUGCUCACUUUAAGCUUCCUUAAUCCCUAUAUACAGCUAGUUGUGUCACAUAAUGUUUUUUUUCUUUUUCCUUUCCCUCACAAAAGCAGUUGCAUCCUUAGGGCCAGCUGUAGGCAGAACAGGGCUGUGCUCUAUCCUUACGUCCCCUAGCUUGUACUGAUAGUGGUGGCUGCCACAACCCAGGUGCAGCACCUUGUGCAUGGCUUUGUUGAACCUCAAGAAGCAGGGAGAUUGAUGCUAGAACUUUGCUUAGGGUUAACUUGCUUUGGGGUGCUGUGUCAAUUACUUUUUCUAUUAUCAGCCUAAUUUCGUAGUGGAGUAUGUAGGACAGGGGGAAAAAUAUCCAAGUGCUACAGGGAAUUGACAGAUGGUUCAUAUUUUAGCUGAGACUCCAAUAUGCAUGGGGAUGGCUUCUUCAGCACUUUAUCUCUGGGAAAAUUGUGAUAUGCCUUGCACUUUGAUAUUAACUGCAUCGAUUUUGUUAAAGGGUAAGAAGAGCGAGGGCUGUACAGACAUUCAGUUAUGGACGUGAGCACUGGUACUGCUGGGCUGUAUUCCCAGAACAACUGCAACCAAUUCCAGCGACCUUGGGCAAGUCAGCAAAAGUGUGGUACUCCUCUGAAAAGUGACGGUGUAAAAAUGGUACUUUCCUACUCAGCAGAUCUGAUUGCUGUACACGCUCCAAGUCACAUCUGCUGACUACAGUGACAAAUGGAAGUUUUUAUGGCUUUCCCACUCUCUGAACACUGCAGAAUCAAGAGAGCUGGGAAAGCAGAAGCUGUGACUUCUGGUGGGACUAAUUGCUAUGAAUUACAUGGGCACUGCUUGGCCUCGUGCAGCUUUCCUGUUGCUGCUACUGGUGAGAAGCAAGGAAGAAGAACAGAAUCCAAGGAGGUUCCACUGAUUCUGUUUGGACUGCAGAUAGCAUUUUUGGGUUUGCAGUUUGAAGCAAAAAGAAAUCUGUUCAUCAGUGAUGAUCACAUUUCAGAAAAUCAUCAAAUCAUUAAGGUUGGAAAAGACCACUAAGAUCAUCUAGUCCAACUAUCAACCCACCACCACCAUUUCUAAUUGACCAUAAACCUCCCAUUCAUUCUUUAAAGUGAGCUACACUUGCUUCCCAGCCUGUAACAUGGGGAUGCUGUUGUCAGUUUCCCAUCAGCCCGAUUUAGACUCAUUGCUGCUCCAUUCCGGUGACUGCUGUUUAAUGGGAGGAGUAGGUACCUUUAAUACAGAUGCUACCAGGUGACAUAAAGGUGAAUUAUAAAGCAAAACUGCAGAGGGAGAUGUGCACUGAUUUACGUGCUGGAUGUCCCCAAUAUUCAAUUUGGGAAAGUCAUUCAGCAGAGAAAUUAGUGUUAACUAUUUUAAAAUUGCCUUCACCUUCUGUGCCAUGCCCUGACAUAAUUAAGGUGUCUGAUAUUGUCUCACCACUGAUGCCAGGUGCUGCACUAUAGGGUGCAGUAUUCCAAUGGUGGUGAGGCACUGGCACACGUUGCUUAGAGAGGUGGUGGGCUCCCCGUCCCUGCAAACACCCAAGGUCAGGCUGGAUGGGCUCUGAGCACCUGAUGGAGCUGUGGGUGUCCCUGUUCACUGUGGGGAGUGAGACCAGAGGGCCGUUAGGCGUUCCUUCCAACUCAGAUGGUUCAAUGAUUCAGUUAAUAAACCAUAUAAAUGAACAACAAAACAGUGCUCUCAGGAGAUUUCUGAGCUGAAUUCUGCCUGCUUCCCUGUGCCUCCUUCUAUCUGUUUUCAGUCUGCAGAUUUUUUGUUGAUAAUGCAGAAGCCUGUGAUUUUGGCAGGUUAUGCGGGGUAGAGAAACUUGCAGCGUAUGGGGGAUUUGCAAUAUCAGAUGGGGGAAAAAUACAGCUAUUUUGGUUACAGCGAUUAUCAGUGAAAUAUUUAACCUUGAGAGUAUACAGCCUGGAUUCAGUGUCAGUUACCCAGAGAAAUGAAAAGGGAAAGCGAAAACCUCUCCAAUACAUUAAGUGCUCUGCAAGCUUUAGAGCACAGCAGAGCAUCAGUUCCACGUGCUUUACAUUUUAAAAACUUUCCUGAGACCUUUAGAGAUUAGAAAUAACAAUGGAAGGGGCUGAAAACAGCACCUCUCAUUUGGAAUCAUGGCUUCAUAGCGAGGGUUGAACCGUGGAUGCUGAAGCCUCUGCCUGGAGCCUGGUGAAACCAUUGCUGACAGCACUGCGUCCUGGGAGGGGCAUCCGUGUGUGGGGACAGGAGCAGCCGGUGGUGAAUCAAUGGCUGAGCCACAAAAGCUCUGCUGCAUUUUAAAAUAAGCCCUCAUUGAUUUUGGUUAGCUGUAAGAUCUCACUACGCUUAUCCAAAGAUGGAACCUCUUUGUCUGAGCGUUCCCAUUGCUGGAAGACCCCUCAGCCAAAACAGAACGGGGGGUGAGGAUGGACCCAAGGGGAGUAUUGGGUUCUUAACUGGGGGGUGAAUAAUAUUUAACAUAGCCACAGGAAUGCAACCCUUUCUUCUUUUUUUUCUUCUCCUUCUCUCUCCCUUAUGAAAGAGAAGUAUCCUUUCUUUUUGCAUAUUGCCACAUUAUCUCUUUUUUUCUAUAAAGAUGGUGCAGCACUAGAAAUAUUGAUUCAUAAACAGAUACCCAGAUUGUACAAUUCACAGAUGUAAAACCAGAAGGGACUAUUCUGAUCAUUGCUGAUAGUUUCUUCCAUCAAGCCUGACGCUUUUGACACAGCACCCCACAACAUCCUUCUCUUCACAUUAGAAAGAUUCAGAUUUGAUGGGUGGACUGCUCCAUAGAUGAGGAACUGGUUGUGAGAUUGUACUCAGAGAGUGGUCGUCAAUGGCUCAGAGUCUGGACAGAGAUCAGCGAUGUGUGGUGCAUCUGAAGAGUCAGUGCUGGGACCAGUGCACUUUAAUACUUUAAUCAAUGACAUCAACAGUGAGAUAUAACCCUUAUAAUUCCCCAUUCCUGCAGGUAUACAAGGUCAGGUUGAAUGGGUUCUGAGAUCCUAAUGGAACUGUGGGUGUCCCCAUUUAUUGCACGGGAUUGGGACCAGAUGGCCUUAAGGGCCCCUUCCAGCUUAAAAGAUUCUAUUAUUCUAACUCUGGAGUUCUUUUUGAUUUCUUAAUGGGACAGCUGUCCUGACUACUGAUACAGGCAUUCUUUAUGCCAACUUAUGCAGCGUUUAGCAAGAUUGCCCUAAGAGAAAUCGCCCUGACCUAUGAAAAAUCCGUCCUUUAGAAGUGUGAAUAUUGGAUGCAGAAUGCCACCAAAAUGAAUUGGGCAGGUUCCAGCUUGGUUGAAAUCCAAUAGAAAGCACUGUAAGAAUAGGUAAGUGAAACACUAGAGUGAGUGUAACAAAGAAACCACUGAUGUUAUUUUCAGUAGCACAGCAAAGAGAAACAAACAAACCAAAACACUCCAAAAUCCCACAGAGAACAACAAAUUCUUCACGAGGAACAUCUCAGCUCUCCUUAAUCCCUUGUUUUAUGCAGAGAGUCAAGCAUUUAGCAGGUGCAAGCAGGUAAGAUCUCACUGCACUAUCUGCAAAACAGAGCCUUGUUUUAUUGACCAUUAUAAAUGGAAGUGCAGAGGAAUUUGCUCGUUGGCUUCAUGUGGUGGAACACAAUCAUAGCAAAACCUUUUGAGUUUCCUCAACCUCUCCUUUAUUAUUUCUUUAUUCCCUCUCUGUAAUUCCCCACCAUAUCUCUUCCCCCUCAGCCAAAAAAGAAGCACCUUAGGACUCUGCUCACCUGCCCCCUACUCAAUGAGAACCACCUGCACCUGCUGCUGUGCUGCUUUGAAAGAGCCACGGCCCAGCACAGCACAUAAAACCCUGGGAGAGCAGCUGGGACCUCAUGGUGCCCCAACUCCUGGUCAAAGGAGGAAGGCAGAAGAACUAGUAUUUUUUUCUUGCUGGUGGUCUUACUUUUUGGACUUGUCAGCCUUGUGGACUUCUAUGCACACCUCUUCAGCUAUGAGUAGCUCAAUAGGACUUAAUAUCUGUGUGGUCACUUGCUGCAUCCUGCUCUUAUCCUCUAGCCCACCAUGCCUUGCAUAUCCACUACUGGAGGAGAGGGACAUGACGAAGGCCCAGUACAGCUCAUGGGCAGGGAAUGGGGUAGAAGAUGAAAGGACAAGCAUACCGAAUUUAAUGAACAAGCUGAGCCCUUCUGAGCAAACGCUCUCUGAGGAGCCAUCUGGAGUGUCAGCAAAGCCGUCUAGGAUGCCCCUAAAUGAAGCUUUCACUUCUGAAAGAGAAAUGAGGCCUGUAAGCCCAAGCCGUACCUUUCUAGGCAGCCAGGGUCGGGAUGUCAGCACCACCGUGCCUGGGGCACUGGCUGCUGUAGAAGAGGAGGAGCUCAGUCCCACCAAGUCAGAACUGAAUGAAAAUGGAGAGUUCAAGGCCAUGCUGACUACAGCUGUGACCACCCUGAGCCCUCCUUUCCAGGAGGAAUCCAUCAGCGUGACCACCACAGAGGACUGUGAGGUGGGGCAGAGCUCUGCCAGCCUCCUGGCAAACCCUUUUUCUGUCACAGCUGCAGCAGAGGAGGAGAUAGCAGAGAGCAGCUUGUACCCCUCAGCUGCACCUCAGCCCCACAGUGAGCAGGUACCCAUGUCACAGCCCAGCACUCCCAGCCUGGAAAGGGUAAGUGACUACCUCAUCAUCCCAGUGGCACAGGUCCCAAGUGAGAGUUUUGAGGUGGGAAUGCCAGAAGCCAACACAGGCAGUGCUCCAAGGUUACUGGCUUCACAAGGAGCCACUGCUGCUGACCAUCCGCUUGUGACCACUGAGGCCUACCUUCAUUUGGGGGCAGACACAGCUGUGGGGCAAGAAGAGCAGCCCACUGUAGCAAGCACUGCCUCCAGCCUCCCUACUGAUUCCAUGCCCCCAGACUGGGAUGACACCAAGCUAGGGAGUACAAGUCAAAGGGAAAUCAUGCAGCAUGAGGAGGUGGGGGAGGACCAAGUGACAACAGAAACAUCCCAGAUCCCACUUCCAGAUAUGGAGGAAGAGGAUGAUGAUGUGACAAGAGUGUUGCCAUCCCCAGCAUCUGCUCCACCAACUCCAGGGCUUGUGAAGGAGAUCAACUGCACAGCCCCUGCAGCAGUGCAUGAGGAAGAUGUACUGAUUGCUUCCACAGCCAGCAGUGAUGUUGCCCUCACAGGGGACUUGCCAGAUGUAGACACAGGUGGUCUGAACUCUCUGGAAAACAUAAACAUGGUCACAGCAGAAGAGAAGAGCAUCCUUCCUUCACAGCCAGAGGCUUCUGUGAUGACAGACACAACACCUGAUGUCUCUUCUACUCUGGAGAGCUCACUGGAAGGCCUUACUCAGGAGGUGACAACUAUUGCCCAGGAGGUGGCUGCUGCUGCUCUGACAGCUGUGACGCUGCUGCCUGCUCCUGCCCAGGGCACAGGAGCUGCAAGCCUUCCCCAGGAAACCAGUGGGGAGGACACCCAGAUGCUGAGUGCCCCUGGUGCCACCCAGAUGCUGACAGCUGCAGGCACCUCCACAGUGAGAACUCCAGGUGUGGAAGAUCUCACAGAUGUGGUACUGGUCACUGGUGAGAAGGCUGUUCCAUCUCUGGGUGGAUUGCUGGCUACGCAGUCUGGGCAAACAGAGGAACCAUCCAGCAAAACAAUGGUCCUGGUGACUCCAGCAUCAGUGGCAUCAUCUGUCAGGAGAACAGCUCUUCCAGCUGUGAGGAAGAUCAGUACAGCUGUAACCUAUGGAUUGGAUCGGCUGGAGUCAGAAGAGGUCGAGGAAGAGGAAGAGGAUGAAGAGGAGGAGGAAGAAGAAGAGGAGGAAGAGGAAGAUGAAGAAGACAAAGAGAUGGAUUCUAUGGAUGAAAGCAUGGAGGGUGACACAGAGCUGCCAGGCUUUACACUUCCAGGCGAGACCUCCCAGGAGCCCAUAGGUGGCCUGGAGAACCCUGCAGCCCAGCUGGCCGGGGUGUCCUACCAGGUUCCUGAUACCAUUGAGUGGGAACAGCAGAACCAGGGUCUGGUGAGAAGCUGGAUGGAGAAGCUGAAAGAUAAGGAAGGAGACAUGUCUAGUUUCAACUUUGCUCAUAGCAGAGCAUCCUGGCCUGGGAUUCAGCCAGAACGAGCGUUGCAAGGACAGAGAAUGGUUUUCCCAACAAAGGCAGGAUACAUGUCAGGGAUGCUGGUUCCUGUAGGAGUCGGGAUAGCUGGAGCCCUCUUUAUCCUUGGAGCACUCUACAGCAUUAAGAUUAUGAAUCGCCGGAGGAGGAACGGCUCGAAGAGGCAUAAAAGAAAGCAGAGGGAAUUUAACAGCAUGCAAGACCGAGUAAUGCUCCUAGCCGACAGCUCUGAAGACGAAUUCUGAAUUGAACUGCAGUGCCCUUGUGAUAUCCAGUGACUUGUAAAAGGAGGGAGGGGAGGAAAAGAAGAGAAGGAAGGACUUUCUGCUGCAUCGCUGCUCUCAGCCACCCCAAACACUGAGCAGUGGUUGGUACCACCCCGUCGAACCAGCAUGCUAUGCUCUACGUGUACUGCGCAGUGAUGUUUGUUUUGAUACAGUAGUGAGAUUUCACAUUUGCACCCGGCGCCUCAUUCAGAUCCACAGCACAUCUUGUUGCAGCUGGAGCUGAUCUGUACGGAUGAUUAUUUUCCUAUUAUCCUGGUGUACUAUUUCAGACCUGGCUGGCAGUAAUCUAAUCAUAACAAUAGCUCUCACCUAAGCCGGGAAUGGAAAUCUUUACUGUGAAUGACUUCUGUCCAAUUUGUUAAUUUUAAAUGUUAACAUUACCUGAGCUAGAGUUCAUUAGUGCUGAGAUUAGCUGCUCUGCUUAAUUAAUGAAUUACCCACUUGAACUGUAUCCCUCAUCACCUGAGAAGUGCCCAAGUACAGUGUUGUUGAUACGGUUUGAAGCACAUUUCUACGCUCUUUUCCCCAAUUCCCACCCCUUCUUUUACAACCUCUGCCUUUAGCUCUGCUCCACGCUUCUUGGAAACACAUGGGAAUGGCCUCAACUCUUGAUUCAUGACAAAAAUUUUAGUCCAUUUUCUACCAGCACUGUCUGUUACAGCACAAUAAAUACCAGCGCUCACGUA